UCAUUUUCUCUUUGUUUAAUCGUAAAAAUGACGUCCAAUCUCGAUCUUCCAUUGUUACCCCUCCUGCCGGCGUGGACAUUGGCGCCAGGCGGGCGGUGAAUACCUUAGCUACAGUAGGUAAAGGUAGGCCCAGGUGUCUGGGUUAGCUCUGGUUAUUUUGACAUCGGCGACUCUGCAUGUGUUUGAUUGGCUCCACGCAGCGCUCAACUCAACUUCGAUUCCAACAUCGAAGAGCGACCCAACUCAGACAACCUGCGCCCAGCCUGAUUCCGAGUCCAGCGCAUAUUUUUGCUCAUACACCACUCGUGAUUCUCGGACCUUACAUGCCUUGUUUUGCCUCUUAAACUAUAAAAUCUACGUCAAAAGUUCAACGUCUUCUCCUUAUCAAACUCAAUCCUGUUACCGUUGGUCGUCCUUAAUCUGCCGUCAUCACACCAAGCCUUUAAACACCAUGGCCGACGACGCUCCCGAUGCCAGUCCCAAGAACGAACCUCUCAACGUCGAAACCAAGGAAGACGAAGAGACUCGCGCUACUCGUCGCGAACUAAAGCAAUCUUCUAUCUCCGACCCCCCAACAUCUGGUCCAGAAGAUGCUGCCAACACAUCGGAUGCGCCCGAUAAUGACUUGAAAGAGCAAGUCACCUCUCCUAAGAAGAAGCGCGCGCAUGACCAACUAGAGGGAAGCAAGGAUGCUGAGGAAAACGAUGCGAACAGCGUAGCAUCAUCUGACUCGGCCAAGGAUAGAGCUCUGCGAACCGAGCCCGAGAAGAAGCGACAUCGCGACGAAGAUACAGAUUUGCCAUCGACAAUUGCUUCCAGAGAGGCGACCAAAGACACCGAAGCGGGCAAAUCACCUACAAAAAAGCCCCAAGGACAAACAUCUGCUACCGCUUUCGCGGCGUCUGGCUUUGGCAAGCUGUCAUCCGGGACAUCGCCUUUUGCUUCUCUUGGUGCCUCUCAGAGCGGAAGUGCGUUCGGAUCGCUCGCUGCUGGCAAGCCCUCGCUUAGCUCAUUUGCUUCUCCGCCCUCAUCCACAACAGCACAGCCUGCCGCGCCGCCCAAGCUGACCUUUGGAAGCUCAGGAGGAGCGUCGCCUUUUGCAGGCUUAUCGACUGCAACCAACGGAAGCCCGUUUGGUGGAAGCACUUUUGGAUCUGCUCUAGUGGGUACCAAGCCCCUCUCGAGCUUCGCCGCGCCUGGUGCGGAGCCCCUCAAGAGCGAGAAGCCUGCGAAGCCAUUUGGUGCCCCGGAUAGUGAGUCCGAGGCGGACGAAGAAGAGGACGAAGAAAGAGAGGAGAGUGAGCAGCCUCCUGAAGCCGAACGUGCUGUUUCACCAGAGAAGGAAUCCGAGGAGAAAAAGAAGCUUAAGUUGCAGAAAGUCGAGGUCAACGAUGGCGAAGCCGGCGAGGCAACGGUUGUCUCUGUGAGGGCCAAGAUGUUUUACCACGACAAAGAGGCCGGAUGGAAAGAACGAGGUGCGGGUAUGCUUAAAAUUAAUGUGCCCCAGGCCUGUGUCGAAUACGACGAAAAUGGCGCUGUCAUCCCUGGUUCAUUUGAUGCUUCCGCUUUGGAAGUGGAUGAGGAGGCCGCAGGAGGAUCUCAAGGGCACAAGGUUGCCCGUCUCAUCAUGCGCCAAGAUCAGACCCAUCGAGUUAUUUUGAACACAGCGCUUGUCGCCGCCAUGAAAUUCCAAGAAAAGGCUUCAUUAAAGUCUGUUGGCAUUCUCUUCACUGCUUUCGAGGGUGAACAGUCCAAACCUGUGAGCAUCACAAUGAGAAUGUCAGCUGCUAACGCAAAGCUUUUCAUGAAUGAGAUUGGAAUCAUCCAAAAAGAACUUCAGAACAGUUAGGCAUUGUUUGGAAAGCUCUUGCAAAGCUGUUAAAACCCCAUAAAGAGGUGAUACCUAACCUCAAGCCCUGGUAGAAUCGCAAACGGGGAUUUGCAUUGAUACAUGAGGAAGCCAGUCAGGCCAGGUGCCGUUUGUGCAAAUGGCAAGCAGGGCAAACGACUAGAAGGAUACAAAGUCGUGCCCAGCUCGGAACACACAUGUUGAUACAAUGCACCGUGAGAGUCUAUUCGCUUUCUGGCUUUUGCACGGAACCAUGGAUAGAAUUGUGUAUACAUAGCUAUCAUUUGGGGAGCAUUGCUGUGUCUUGACAAUGGUAUUGGGAAGCCAUUAGUAUAAGUCCUGAGAUAGAUGGAGAUGAAAUCACAGCCGUGUGCUGGUCAUGCAGUCAUAUUCGCACAAAUAAAUACGCUUCGAUUGAUA